AUGGCGGACAAACCUCUGACGGUGUUCGUGAAGCUGUUCGCUGCUGCUUUUUACGGAGUCAGUUCGUUCCUCAUCGUGGUGGUGAAUAAGAGCGUCCUCACCAACUACAGGUUUCCAUCUUCAAUAUGUGUCGGAAUUGGACAAAUGUUGGCCACGCUGGUCGUACUGUGGGUGGGCAAGGCUGCUAAGGUGAUCAGCUUCCCGGACUUUGAUGAGAGUAUACCUCGCAAGACAUUUCCUCUACCUCUUCUCUAUGUGGGAAAUCAAAUUACUGGUUUGUUUGGAACCAAAAGGCUUAAUCUGCCAAUGUUUACUGUCCUCAGGAGGUUUUCCAUUUUAUUCACAAUGCUGGCUGAAGGAUUCCUGCUCAAGAAGAAAUUCUCUAGGCCAAUCCAGCUGACAGUAUUUACAAUGAUCCUUGGGGCCUUUAUAGCUGCAAGUGCCGACUUGUCCUUUGACCUGGAAGGCUACGUGUUCAUCCUCCUGAACGACGGGCUGACUGCAGCCAAUGGAGCCUAUGUGAAGCAAAAAUUAGAUGCAAAGGAGUUGGGAAAAUAUGGAUUAUUGUAUUACAAUGCAUUAUUUAUGAUCAUUCCUACACUCAUGUUGGCUCACGUGACCGGGGACAUGCAAAAGGCAAUGGAAUACGAAGGUUGGUCUGAUGCAAUUUUCCUCAGCCAGUUCAUCCUAUCAUGUGUCAUGGGGUUUGUGCUGAUGUAUUCCACUGUGCUCUGCACUCAGUACAACUCUGCCCUUACAACCACCAUUGUAGGAUGCAUCAAGAAUGUCCUGGUGACAUACAUCGGCAUGGUGUUUAGUGGAGACUAUAUCUUCUCUUGGACCAACUUCAUCGGUUUGAAUAUCAGUAUUGCAGGCAGCCUAGUUUACUCCUACAUCACCUUCACAGAGGAACAGUCCAGCAAAACAAGUGAAAACAACAAGCUGGACAUCAAGGGGAAGGUGAUCGUAUGACCUACACUGGAUUUCAAUAUUCUAAUGCUGAUAAACAGAACUUUUAUUUAUGGAGUGUUUUAGUAGCAGAUUCAGGCAGAUGACCAGGUUUUGUCGUAACUGUUGUCAUUCUGCCGCUGCCAUGGUUGUGAAACCUUCUGUAUGGUUUGUAGGUCUUUUCUAACAUGUUUUCUUUUAUAAUCCUUGUAUUUUGAUACAGUUUUAUUAUUAUUGAGAAUAAGAGGGACAGUGUCAUUUCAAUUUGUGACACUUCUGACGUAAAACAGCUUAUGUUUGGUUAUUGUACACAGUAAACCAGCUGUUCUUAGAACAGUUAUGUUUUUUUAAGAAUUAUGAGUAGCUUCCUUCUAAAGGCACAAGCCGCCUUUUCAACGCUCUUGGUUGCUGUUUACAAGUAAUUGUGGAUGCCUUCUACACAGUGAGAUGCACUGACACUGUUACUCUAGUCUUUCGUACAUUUUCAUGUCGAUCUUUGCAGAUACACUGUUGAAUUCACAUUGACUGACAGAGAUUUAGCCUCUUCCUUGAAACAGCUAAAGUGGUGGGGUGGUCAGCUGUUUGAUUCCAAUUAAGGAUUGUGACUUUAAACAAUGUUACUGCCACCUGUUGGGCGUCAAGCUUAUUAACAGUUUACAUUUUGCCUUCUCAGAUAAACAGAAUGUUUGUUGUGGAUACAGGGGCGUCUCUGUGCAGGUUAAUCACAGCAGUAGAACCCUAUUUUUGACACAAUGUUCUCGCACUUUUACCUGAAUUUCCUCGUCGUCUGUUACAUUGUCUGUGUUGAAUAUGAGAUUAGUGUGCAUUGGUGAUGUGUACAUUUCAGGUCUGUAAAGAUUACGAGGGAAUGGGUUUUAUAAAAAAGAAAAAUAUACAGGUACGAUUUUUGAAAAAAGUUUUAUCUAAAUCAUUUUUAUAUUUAUUACUUUUUAGAUUAAUAUUCUUUUUAUAGAUGUUGUUAGUUUGAGUUUAAGUGCUGAUGCCAAUUUCAUCUGAAACACAGUAACACGGAUUUGUAGCUAAAACACAAUGGUGUAUUUUUUACAAUAAAAACCUGACACUAUUUUUUGUAGUUUUUUCUUCCUACAUUUUUAGGGACAAUACUUUAAACUCGUAAAUAUUUGUCAAUUACUGGAUAUAUACAUAUAUACAGUACAUAAGUACUAUAAAAUUAAUCUAGAAAACAAUGUUGUAUUGUAAUUAAGAAAACCAGCAAAGACAUUACAAAAAUAGUUACAUCGAGGGGAACUGGACAGAGUCGUUUUUAUUUUUAAAGAUGUUUCACCUCCCACCCAAGAGGCUUCUUCAGUUCUGACUGACCACUGAGAAAUUCUGGUAUUUAACCUCAACGGAGCUGCAUACCCAUAAUGAGGGUCGUUGCAGAAAGGGGGAAUGGAGGUAGAUAGAUAGAUAGAACUUAAUUACUCCCUCAGGAGUUUGGGAAAUUAAGGUAGGGCCACACCCUAUUCGGUCCACCACACCUCAUUAUGGGUAUGCAGUCUCUUUGAGGCCAAAUACCAGAACUUCCCAGUAGUCAGUCAGAACUGAAGAAGCCCCUUGGAUGAGAGGUGAAACGUCUUCAAAAAAACCUACUCUGUCCAGUUGCCCUCGAUGGAACUAUUUUUGGAUUAAAUGACCUGGAUGACUGAGAACCUACACAGACAAGAAAGACAUUAUUACACAAAUCACCAAUAUUGACAUUUAAUAAACAUAAAGCAAGGACUCAGCAAUUUUUUAAGAGCUCAGAACAGUUAUCUGUCUCACCAAAGAGUGACAAUCAUAAACAUCUAGACAACAAAGAGAAAAAUCACAAGUACGUACGAACUGUCGUGCCAUGACCUGGUUUUAGGCAGCAUACAAAAACAACAACCGGUAGAAAUUAAAACAACAAUUAUUGCAUUGUUGUAGCUUGUUAGCGGUGAGCACCUUUACCACUCCGGUGUGCACAAGAAGAAAGAUAAGAGUUUCAUCAUCCACACUCUGCUCUGUACAAAUGUCCUGUUGGCAUCAACAGCUAAUGUUUCCCUUGUGUUGGCCAACUAAAACAGGGAGU